CGGCAAACAGAAGGAGAGACAUCCUUACUUGCACUGAUGAGAAUGGACAAUCAAGAGCAGGAUAAUGCCUCCAACGGACUGAAGCAUUUGUGGACUGAUUCUGAGGAUGAUGUACUUGUUGAUUGUUUGGUUCAAUUAAAGGUGAAAGGCAGGUUUGUUGUCGAUAUAGGAUUUGGUGGAGGCUAUGUGGGCAAGUUAGAGGAAAUGCUAAAAGAAAAGAUUCCGGUUACCAACAUCAAAGCACAUCCCAGCAUAUGGUCUAGAUUGAGGACAUUAAAGCACCAGUGGCAGAUUGUACACAACAUGAUUUAUGAUGCCAAUACAUCUGGAUUUGGUCGGGACCCAGUAAACAAGUGCAUUAAAGCUGAGGAUGCAGUGUGGGAGCAAUAUGUGAAGGGGAACAAGAAUGCUGGUAAAUUUUGCAAUAGGAAGUUACGGCACUUUGAAAAGCUAGCAUUUAUAUAGGGAAAGGAUCGAGCCACUGGCAAAAGCACUGUAAUGCCUUCUCAAGCUCUUGAGGAGGCUGAACAGGAGGCAAAUGAAAAUGAAAAAACAACUGAAAAUGAACAAGCUGAGCCUACUAUUGAACAAUAUGUUGAGCGGAUCAAAAUGACAGCCAGCCACAUGUUUCUUCAACUGAGGCACACUCAACAUCUAGGAAGAGGUGUAGAACAAGUCGUGAUGGUUUAGAAUUGUUGUCUGAAGCAAUGAAGGAAUCUUUUAAGACUUUGAUCUAAGUCUCCGAUAACAUACGCAAAUCAUUUGUUGAGGCUCGUCAGGAUUCUUCUCUUGUGAAAGUUGCUCAACAACUAUAC